UUUUGUUUUUAGGGUUCUUCGUUGGGGGUAGAGGGCGUGCCAUGGGCGACAAGGUCCAGGUUUUGUACUGCGCAGUGUGUAGUUUGCCUCCUGAGUAUUGCGAAUUUGGACCGGACUUUGAGAAGUGCAAGCCCUGGCUCCUAGAGAAUGUGCCUGACUUGUAUCCGGAGCUUGCAAGAGAGAGAGCUGAGCAGCAACUACAAGGAUUAACUGUGAGCAAUGAAAAGGGAGAUAGCUCAAAGACACAAGAAGAGGAUGUGAAGAGAUUACCCGGAGGAAAAAUCAAGAAGAAGGAAAAGCCCGCGGUUGUGGUCGAGAGAGUGACGAGAAACAAAAGGAAAUGUGUGACAACUAUCAAAGGGCUCGACAUGUUUGGUGUCAAGCUGGGGGAGGCAUCGAAGAAACUCGGGAAGAAAUUCGCAAGUGGUGCGUCUGUGGUGAAGGGCCCGACGGAGAAAGAACAAAUCGACGUUCAAGGGGAUAUUCUGCUGGACAUUGUAGACUUUAUCACAGAUACGUGGCAAAACAUUCCUGAAUCGGCUAUCUUCUUCAUGGAGGACGGCAAGAAGGUUUCCGCAGGCUAGCGUUUGUGUGUACUAUGUGUUGGCCAGGCUAGCAAUACAAUGGGCUCAGAAGUCU